CAGCAAUCAUCCUACUCGUAUUCCUACAUUAUAUUCUCAACAUGGCGCAAAAACGAGCAGAGCAGAUCGCUGCCCACCUCAACUAUCCCAAGGGUCUGCUUUCCGGACAGACCGCCAUCAUCACCGGCUCGGCACAAGGCAUUGGCGCCGAAGCGGCCCGGUUGUUCGCGAACGAAGGCGCAAAGGUUGUAAUCUCGGAUAUUGACGCUGAGAAGUCCAAGGCGACGGCCGACAGCAUCAAUAAGGAGGGCGGCCAGGCGCUUGCCGUUCCCGGCGACAUCUUGAGCGAUGAGUACAUUGACGAUCUGGUCAAGAAGGCCGCGGAGUUUGGCGGAGGCAAGAUUCAUAUCAUUGUCAACAACGCGGGCUUUACCUGGGACGGCGUAAUCCAUAAGAUGACCAACAAGCAAUGGGACACAAUUCUCUCCCUCCACGCAGGCGCUCCUUUCAAACUUGUCCGCGCUGCGGCGCCCUACUUCCGCGUCAAAGACGGCGAGCCGAGAAAUAUCGUCAACAUUUCCUCCACCUCCGGCCUGAAUGGCAACCCGGGACAGGCCAACUACUCCCUCGCCAAAGCCGGCGUCACCGGUCUCACCAAGACGAUUGCCAAGGAAUGGGGUCCCCAGUUUGGCGUCAGAGCCAACACUAUCGGGUAUGGCCAGAUUGCAACUCGCUUGACUGCUGCGAAGGAGCAGGGUGGUCAUGUUACGCUUGGCGAUGGAACAAAGAUCGCUCUGGGUAUCCCUCAGGCCCAGCUAGACGGAAGAAAAGACAGCGCGUUCCAGGACAUUCCGCUCCGCCGCCCCGGCACCGCGACCGAGGCCGCCAGCGCCAUUCUCGCCGUCGUCAGCCCGUACAUGAGCUAUGUCACUGGCCAAACGAUUGCUGUGACGGGCGGGAGGAACAUGUAAAAGUAGUCGACGCUUACUCUAUCUGGAAUAUACUCGAAAACUAUCAUUCAU